CAGCUGGCGUACUCCGCACCAAAACAGACAUCGCAGAACCAAAGCCAAGUGAAAAGCUGGACUGCAGACGACGGUUGUAGUGCUGCGACGAAUAGUAAUAAUCAAAACAAAGGGUCUGCACCAGGACGAAGGUUGCACAAUUUCGUCAUAAUUUGGCCAUAUUUGAGUUUGGUAGAAAGGAAAACGGUACCGUAAAGUGCUUCCCAACCCCGGAUAUCACGCGAAACAAUAGCAAUCCUUGUGUGACUUAAUGCAGAAGUGGACUUCUUCACUGUUGAACCUUGCGUGACCUCCUCAAAGUCUUUUCAGACGCAAAUUGUUUCCAUUUCUUGUGAGCAUACGCGUCUAUCUCCGUUUGAGUUUGCUCCGUGGUGAGCUAAUCCAGAGUCAGCUCAGCUCAGCUCCGAGAAUCAUCGUUCGCCAGUAAUCGUCGCGGAUUCGCGGACUCAACAUCUGGUGGCAGAGCUGUACUCGGAAUUGGUAAAAGAAUCAAGAUGAAAGUCCUAGUCUAGAGAAGACAAAAGCACUUGCAAGAAAGUUGCACACACAUCGUAAAUUUCACCCCAGAGCAAAUAUCCGAGCUACAACAAUGGCAUCAACCAGUAGCAACAACAGAAGCAGUACGGACGUGCCCUCGGAUUACGCCCGGCUUAAGCUGCUGUGGCUGAAUUUUCUCAACAGUGACGACGACAACGCCGGAAACGCUGCCUCCAAGACCUCAUGGUUGGAGCUAUUUCUGUACGAGUUUGGAAAGCUCAACGCGGAGCAGACGGCGCAAUUCCAACGGUCAAACAUCUCCGAGAACGUGUCGUCCGCCUUAUCGCGCCAACUGUUGCAGUUUAUUAUCGAGAUCUGCUCCCGUGGUGAAUCCACCACAACGGAUGGCGGCGAGACGGACCUUGGGGACCUGGAGCAGCAGCAGCAGCAGCAGGAGGAAUCGUCGUCCUCUCUUUCGUCCACGUCCACCUACACGACGGCACGAAGUGUAAUAACGACGACCGCUGAUCGUAGCGAUAACAGGCAGGGUCAGGAAGACUCCAACGAGGAUCGCUACCAAGAAUUGAGGGUGUUCUUGCUGGAAGGUAUCGGUGGACGGAUUUUGCGAGCGUUGGAACAGCUCGGGGGAAAGGACAUUGCAAACGGUCGCGAGAUCGCCGAGGUUUUGAUCAGAAUUCUGCCGACCCGCAAGUGGUGCACUCCCCAGUUAGCGGAUCUCCAGUAUCAACCUCAGUACAACGCGCAGCUGCUAAAGGUGUUCGAGAUGCGAACUUUCAACAACGAUUGGCGUAACGAAACGAGUCGCGCCUCGUUACACACGACGAUCUGUGGUAUGCAGACGUUGCUGGCGCCUCCGGAAUCGUCCCCAGAACCUCAACCAACGAGUUUGACCGACUAUCAAACCGAAGCGUUCAAUGCGCAUCUGCGUACGGCGUUGACUCAAGAUCAGCUAACGCUUACAGUGCUCAACCUGCUCGAAAGUCUCGUCGUCAACGAAAACCUGCUCACAAUCGACGAUCGCUCAGCCACGAUCAGCUGUCUACGGAUGGCAAUCGAGCGGCUUCGCCGUCUGGAACUGAUCGAGGAAAGUCCCCGGAACAAGCUGAUCUUACGACAUAAACUGCUCGGUAUUCUAAUGAUCAGCUUGAACAACCUGUUCUUCCUGGACAACCUGGAGAGCGACUUUAUCGGGCUCAAGCAGGUCGCUGCACAGGUCAUGCAACUACUCCACGGUGAACUUGAGGGUGCCAGCACCAAUCCCAUCAGCUGUGAUUUCAUCUACAACCUGACGUACACGAUCGUGUCAACCGUGAAUCAGUCGUUCCUGCACUACAACGAAACACUCGUCAGUGAGCAAUUCUUCCUGGCAAUCUUCCGCUUGCUGGAAAGCAACCUGGACAUCAUCAAGCAUGUUUACGGCUUGCUGCAGGCUUCUUCCAGUGGAAGUCAACCCAAGUUAGUAGACAUCUUGCUUAAAAUGCUCCAGAACUUCAUCACAACCUUAUCGCCCAAUCGAGUGGCCGUUCCAAACUCGAAGAAACCACGCGCUCGUCACAGAGUUCAUCACUCUCGCCAAGAUCCCCGCACGGCGUACGUUUGUGCGCUUGAAAACAUCCUGCUGAACAUAUUCCCGAUCGUGAAGCACACCGACCAGCGCACGCUCCUCCAAUUCUUCACCAUGCAUCAAAUCUGCUGCUGUAACGCCACCAUCCAAACGCUGGAAGUUCUACUUCGCUUCAAUCGCGAUCACGACCUGGUACCGCGCGUUUGUCUCAACUUUGCCAACCGCAACGUGAUCCACGCCAUCUUCAGCCGCUCGAACUGUGACAGCUGCGAAGCCGAACGCUUCAACGACCGGUUCUACGAUCGAUUCGCUCAAAUUCAUCGCGACGUGUUUGACACGUACGGGCGGCUGGAGAACCGGCCGCGAAUGCCGACACUGCUGCGGUAUCUUCAGGACGGAGUCCGGGUCGUUCCGUACCGACUGGGACGGUUCGUGCUGUUUGAGUUGGUACUGCCGCAACUGUGCAAGGAAAAGGCCGAUUUCAAGGAACUCGUGCUGGAUGAAACGACGAAGGAGAUCACCAACAGCUGUCUGAUGAUCGUGGCACGCUGUUUGAGGGAUGCAAAUCUGUUUGAGGCGUUUUUCAGCGAUGAGAAUCGGGCCAUGAUCCGGGAGCUGUCGCUACGGGCGGAGUUUGUCUACCAAGCUGGGGUUGUGUUAAGGAUUGGAGUUGAGAACGCUCAUCAAUUACCGAAUAUUGAAGGUCCGCUGGGAACAAUUUUGCUGGACGGUUUGGAGGACCUUUCCAACUAUCUUGGGCUGUUGUUCGGGAUUCUUCGUACAAGUGACGUCAACAUCGAUCUUCAUUCGAUACCUCCGAAAGAUCAAGAUAUCUGGUACAAGAUCGACUCUACCGCCAACGUGCUUCAGGUCUAUGUCGAGCACUGGAAAAUCGUCCGACAUCUACUACAAGUCAACGAACGAUUCUACGCAGCCUUCCUGCAGCGAUUCACCCACGUUGAAUGUUUUCUUCCGCUCGUCUACGACCUGUUCAGCCUGCUCAUUCACCACGAUCAAGCAAAACGGUCGGUCCCGCUGCCAAAACUAGCUGACCUUACCGCCGACCUGGUCGAUCCGGAGCGUCGCAGCAUCCUGAACAUCUUCCACUACAACGACCAAAUCUUCGAUCAUCAACUUCCCAGCGCCGAGGAGUUCUUUAAGUCCACGUCCGAUCACUCGGGCAGCGUCGAGGACGAAGACUACUCGUUUUUGCGCGAACUCGCCCUCAAAUAUCCGGACGUGACCGCCCAUGAAACCGCCGACGGUAACGGCCGGCUCGAGAAAAGCUGGUCGCUGCUGGAAAUGUUCAACAUCAAGCAUCUACUGGCGGAUCUCGUGGACGAGUACUUUCCCGGAACGGCUAUCAGAAGGGCACGCAUUCGGCGCGGCGACCUGCCGGAUCAGGUACAGCAACUGCUGUCCACCGGAGGGUUCAUCCGCAAGCGGUUGGCCACGCUGGUGGAGCUGAUUCUCAGCACUUUCCAGAUGCUCGUCGAUAAGAACGACCAGUUGGGUGACGCCAUGCAGUCGGCGUUGGUUGAGCUGAAGAAGCUCCUGCUAAGCGGAGCCUUCGAGAACUGGGAAUCGCCGGAAAGUUCACGGAACGUGAUGAACGCGCUGCAAUCGCUGCUGAAGAUUGCCGAAGUACGCAGCGAAAGUGCCGGAUUUGAAGUGGUGGACCAGGCUGAACAGAACGAGUACUACUUUCCGGUCCAGUGCUUUUCGCUGGGUAGUCGCAAGAAGUCGCUUAGCGCCGAGGACGACCUUAGCUCGACGGACGAGAGUUACACGACGGCGUUGGAUGAUGGGUACGAGGGCGAUGUGGAGAACGAUCAUCUGGUGCCGAGGGGGAGAAAGGGUAGUGGAGUGGGCCGUGAACAGUCGCUACGCAUAAACCGUAACAUCUGUGCGAUCGUGGUUGAGAUAUUGAUCGAGCUGUCGAAGAAAUGUGCCAAUAACCCGGCGAGUUGGUCAUCACUACUUUCCCAGACCGUGCUGAAGCUCAACGGGAUCAAGGAGUACCUUGGAGGUUCACUGUAUUUGAUAACCGGGUUUAGUCCGAUUCUGGAGAAGAGCGAUGUCGAAUUGAAAGAGUUGCAGACAGCGGUUCUCGAGCUAAUCACUGACCUCGAUAGUCCGGAAGUGUUGUCCAAGUUUUUGCAACUGCUAAGUCUAGAAGAUCCUCCCGUCCAACUGAUCCUCACCAAGCUGACCAACCUAAUCGAUGCCAACUACAAGCUGGAAUGCUACACUGAACUAAACUUUCCAGAUGCCAACGACGACGGGUCACGGAUAUCGACCUGUGACGUGCUCCUAUCGAAAAAGAUCAACUAUUUGCGCGAACAUCACCGCUUCUUCAACAUCCGAACACCGUUCACCUGUGCAGCACGAGUCAUCCCGUUGAACUGCGCCGAUUUCUCCCCUUGGAACAACGAAGGAUUCACUGCGUCGGUUUGGUUCCGUCUAAGUACCGACCAGCAGGACAGCAACCGUGUCACGAUGACCCACCUGAUAUCCGUGGGCAGUGAGAAGCAGAUCGUGUCCGUGUUUAUCAACCGUCAACGUCAGUUUACCGUGCGAUUUAACAAACCCGACCGUAUCAUUACCAGCGCGCACACCAAGCAAUACCUGGCGAAUGCCGCCGGACUUACGUGCUGUGAUGACUGCUCGAAAGAGUUAUCCCACCUGUGGAACUAUAAGAACUUUCUUCGAUCGAUGGAACCGAUCACGCAACCAUUUCGGGUAGAUUCUCCCGGAGCGCAGUGUGUUUACUGCUACAAGUUGUUGCCAGCGGGUAGAGAUGUAGCAACCACAAGUCUCUCCAACGACUACUUUUACGAUCUUCACUCGGAGCAGUACACCAUCAAGGAUCUUCAACUAAUGGAGAACCGAUGGACCAUGCUGGCACUCUCGGUACGCCAACUCGACAAUACGAUCACUAUCGAACUCACGCUGGACGGCGUCCAGCAGCAGUCCCUCUCAGUGGGCGAUGCCUGUAUGAUUCACAUCGAUACCUCCCUGCCGGUAAUUGCUAUCGGACAUCGCACCGGUACCGAAGACGAUUGUCCGUUGAACUACUCACUUUCGAAUGUGCAGCUAUUUCGACGGUGCUGGACCGAUUUGACCAUGCUGGCCAAUUUGUACGCACUUGGGCCCAACUGGAUCCAUUUGGCUGGAGCGCUGAGCGGUGAGAUUAUACCCAACUACGGAAGCCUAAACCUGUCUAAGCUAACGCUGGAAGACCUUCAACCGAAGAAUACGUUUCAACUGCUUCAACAAACACACGUCGGAUAUUACGCUGCACACAAACCGGACCUGUUUAUUGCUAUCAAGCCCGACUACGGCAAGAUUGUGCUGGGAAUGUUGAACUUUUCACCCCGGUUGAAGCCCGUUGAGAACCUUUCGCUGCAGCGAUCGAUUCAGCUUUCCGGAGGAAUAUCUGCCAUCUUGUUCGCCUUCGCUCGAAUCGUAGAGCUGUCCUCAUCGGCGAAAGUUCACGCCAGUUCGCUGAGUUUGCUGCUGAGAAUCGCCCACGAUAAUCACGACUUUUACAACGAGUUUGUUCAGCGCGAUCUACUCGAGCUAGUGGGAAUUGUGCUAAAGAACAAAAAAUGUCACAAGGAAAUCUGCGUACUCGCAGCACUACUGGAAGUCGCCUUCGAUCAGCCAAUCUUUGUUAAGCGAGUCGAUACGUACUGCGUGGCGACCAACUCGAUGGCGCGAGUUCGCUAUCCGGAAAUUAUCAUAUUUUUCUUUGAGAACUUCCAGAUGUGGAUAGAUCGAUCGGAAGAAGUCCUGAAUUUGGUAUUUGACGUCUUGAUCACCUGCACUAGGGAAAAACAUCCCGGCAUGGAUUUCAACUGCAAGCGCCUUGCCACAGCCGGACUCGUCCCGACGUUGAUCGACUUUUGUCGCAUGAACUUUGUGAUUCCUCCGAAGACAGUAAAAAUCUCAAAGUCAGCCGCCGAUUCGUUGGUUACGCUCAUCACAAUCCUUUCGAACACACCUCCAAACGUUAGCCUGCUGAAAGAGAUAAUCGAGCUGCUGCUGCUAAUGCAUAAACCAACCGACAGCUACGUUACCCACGACCGGCAAAAGUUCUACUUCAACAUCAAUCCGCAGCUACCGAGCCGUCCGUCAUCCAAAACAAGCGAACAAAGAACCACACCCCGGCUAAACCUCCGCGAACGUCGCCUCAGGUACUCCCAACUCCGUAAAGCGAUCCCGUUGGCACUUUCCAAUUCGCACGAAACCUCGUUCGAAUCGACGACCAGCUUCAUCGAGCUGAGCCGGCUGGGAAGCUCGUCCAAAACACCUCCCGAUUCGGGCGAAUCUUCAACACCCAGUACUCCGCAGCGCAGCGCCGCAACGCUGGACAACUCUGCCAACUACGAGCGGCUGAACCAGGCGAUGGGCAAUCUGGACAUUCGCCGCAGAAGCCUCAAGGCGGACAAGCACAAGAUUCGUCGCUUACAGAGUCCAGGAUCAAAGGGCUGCUCAACGCCCAGGGAACGUGUCAGCUCGCCGAGAAUUUGCGAACGCAAGGAACUGCAGCGGUCGACGCAGUCCCUGCCGACCAAGUUUAAGUUCUUCGAGCAAAACUACUUCGGUACUGGGAACGACUUCAUCCAGGAGAGCUUCCUGCGGGCACUGUGCGACUUUCUGUUGAUCCUACCGGACCAAGACGCCAAGCAGUUCUUCCACGUGGACAACCAGAUAAUCGAGACGCUAUUGAUUCUGGCGAACAACUCCAACAUCCGGAUCCGGACCAUGGUCAUCAACCUGAUUGCCGUUAUCAGCGAUCGCGUACUGCACGGCAGUUCGACGGGCGUCCUGAGCUACACCGACGAACAGUACAAGAUCUGCUGGCACCAUCUGGGCAAUCAGAUAAGCUCGCACAGCGUCAACGUCGACCUGCUCAACGCUAGCUUCCGAUGGAUCACCAAGAGUGGUUCGGUACUUACGCUCGAAACGCUCAUCCUCGACCAUCACUUCACGGUAGUUCAGGAGAGUGGGCUGAAUAUCCUGUUGGCAAUCCUCCCGCAGUCCAGCGCAGAGUCCCGACUGUUCCAGCUGAUUUUGAAGGUGAUGGAUUACGUGUGCGUGAAGCAACCACGAGCGGCCCAGUACAUGCUGGAAAACGGGUUGAUUUGGACGAUCGUAAAGACCGCAGUCAAGAUGCACGAAAAGGACGACGAUGAGCUGGCGAGCAACUUCGACAGUUAUCUUGACUUUGUGACCGGUUUGGCACAUCGAGCCGUCGUAUCGGCCAACUUUGUCAAUCCAUUCUGGGACUUGAUCAAUGGACUAACCCUGGCAGAACGGAACAAGAAUCCGAAGGUUACGUGCGGAGUUCGUAACGUGCACGCGCUUCUGUACCGUAACCUGUUGCAGUUCUUUGUGUACCGCCCGACGGAGUCGAUCAUCGGUCAUAAAAACAACUCAUUCACCGUGGAUCUUCCGGGUAGCUCGAUACCGCGUUCCGAGGUCCGCAUCCGCUUCAACCAGGUGCACGACAAAGCGGUGCAGUUCAUUACGAACAGUGACGCGCAUCACACGGUGUCCGACGCGGAGAUUCUGCUGAUCAAGACACUGAUGAGCAGAACGUUGAACGGGAACCCACGGGGAGGAAAUAUCAUCAUCUGGUGUUUGCUGCCGAAGCGACCGCUCAGCUUGAAGCUGUACACGUUGCGGCAGCUGGGGCAGUACAUCGACGGGGGAAGUAAGCUGUCGAUGGUUUGCGAUGUGACAAUGCUGAAGGUCUUCAGUGAAAGCAUUGUAUUGGUAAACCAGAAGGAGUUGUCCGAAGACGAUCGAGUGUUUGUGCAAAGCUUUUGUCAAGCGAUCGAGGGGCCUCAAACUGGGGCCUGGACGCUUACGCAAACGAUCGAUAAGUUCGACUAUCUGAGGACGGUACAUCUGAACGAUCAAGAGCAAAGUAUUUUGAAGUCGAUCAACAAGCAGGAGAAGUUAAUUCACACGUGCACGAUCGCGGCGAUGGAGAUAACGCGGAACAUCGUGGAGAAGCAGAACAAACUGAGGAAAGAGUUGAUUAUACAGCUGAAAAAAGACAGCGACUUCAAGUUCUUCAACCAGUGGCGUCAGAUCAUCGAUCAGAUGACGCACGAAGAUGCGCCGUGGUAUAAUGCGAAGCUGUAUCCGAACUCGUGGGAACUGGACGAUACCUUUGGACCAGGGAUGGUUCAGACGCGAAUGCGACGAUGCCAUCAGACGAUCGAGCAACGCUUCCUGCAGAAGGACUUCCAGUUUGGAGACGGAACAGUCCCGCAGCAGCUGUUGGAUUACCUGAUGCCGAAGAAUCGCAGCCAGGAGUUUUCCAUGGAGAACCAGCUGCUGUACACGUCGAUUGUGAAGCAGAUUUCACCCAAGCAGGAACUGGACAGUGAGUGUAUUCUGACCAGUACAGAGCUGGUGCUGAGCCCCAACACGGGUGACCUGGAGAUUUACGACCUGUGCAGCAUAUCUAAGAUCUGGACGAAGCGAUACCAGCAUCAGGAAACGGCAGUUGAGAUUUUCUUGCGCAGUGGAAGGUCACUAUUUUUGGUGUUUGAUCGCAUGUUGGAGCGAGAGGUAUUCGCCGGAUUCUUCCAGGAUCUGGUUCAGCGGGAGGGACGCCAAGAGUUGGAAGCUCAAACACAGCUGUGGAAGGAAGGUUUCCUCAGCAACUGGGAGUAUCUGAUGCAUUUGAAUCAGAUAUCCGGACGGAGUUACCACGAUCUGAUGCAGUAUCCGGUGUUUCCCUGGAUAUUGGCGGACUACGAAAGCAGCAUGUUGGACCUUUUGCUGGAGAGGAGCUUCCGUAAUCUGGAAAAGCCAAUUGCCGUGCAGUUUAAGGAUCUGGAGAAGCAUUACAUCAACAACUACAAUUAUCUGAAGCAGUCGGAGAAUGAUUCGACGGCCAAUCGGAAGAUUCAUCCGUACCAUUACAGCUCGCACUACUCCAACUCUGGCACGGUGCUGCAUUUCUUGGUACGGAUGCUACCAUUUACGUCGUUGUUUCUGCAGUACCAGGACAACAGCUUCGACAUCCCGGACAGGACGUUCCACUCGCUGGGUACCACGUGGAAGCUGGCAAGUCGUGACUCUCCGACUGACGUCAAGGAGCUGAUUCCGGAGUUUUACUCUUGUCCGGAGUUCCUGGAGAAUCUUGAAGGGUUCGAUUUUGGCAAUCGCCAGUCCGGCGAACCUGUCAACCACGUUGAGCUGCCACAGUGGAGUCAUCAAUCGGCUCGACUGUUUGUGCUGAUCCAUCGACAAGCGCUGGAGUCGGACCACGUUCGCCGCCGGAUAUGUCACUGGAUCGAUCUGACCUUUGGGUAUAAACAGGUUGGUCCGGCGGCGGUCGAAGCGAUCAACGUGUUUCAUCCCGCGACAUAUGCUUCCUUUAAUGCGUCCGACAUUGACGAUCCCGUUGAGAAGCUGGCGCUGGAAACGAUGAUCAAGACAUACGGGCAGAUGCCACGCCAGUUGUUUGACAGUCCGCAUCCGCAGCCGAAUUUGGUUGCUCCGCUGGGAGCGAAUCCGCCGGAGGUGAUCGACAGUGUCACUGGGUUAAAGUGGGGACUGUACAGCGGCACUCCGGUGCUUCCAAACCCGAAGAUCGUGGAUAUCAAGACGGUGGUGGGUAGCUUGGCGACGCUGGUUCAGCUGGAUGGUAACCGGAUUGUGGGGAUACCGGAGCGAACGAACAUCUUCCGAGGACCACAAUCCAGAGGGUAUUACUUUAUCGACUGGGGCAAGGUGGACAACGUGGUGAGGUUCAGGUCGAUCCACGAGAGUGACGCCCGAUCGUCCGAGUUGGUGUACAACACGAACGUGGAUCCGAUAACGGCUUGCGGUAGUGAUCCAAACUGUGCGGACAUUUGGUUCGGCCAUCGAUCGGGACGGAUCGCUGUGUUUCAGCAGAAGCAGGUUCGAAAGGUGUCGUUCUUUAACCAUAAUAUCCAGCCGGCGGUAACGAGGACGCGAUCGAGUUCGUUCCGUAAGUGGAUCGGACGGAAAAGUGCCAAUUGGAGAAAGAGGUUGGAGGGGGAUGACGAUGGAGAGGAAACGGUCGGACCUGUUCCGGUUAAGUGGAACUUCCCGGUUGUUUUGAUCAAGCACAGGGCGGAGAUUACAGCAAUCGCGAUUUCAACCGAGUUUAAGAUUGUUGUCAGUGUGGGCAUGGACGGAACGGCAGCGAUUUGGGACUACAACACGCUGAGUUACGUGAGAGAGAUUCCGAAACCGGUCAACGUAAUCAACUCCAAGAUCAGCUUGGUGUGUAUCAGUCCAACUUUGGGAGAUAUCGUGACGGUGCACUCGAGUCAGGAGUCGUCACGGAGAUCCGUGAGUCGGCCGUCCAACGAGACGUCCACGCUGGUGGACGACGAGAGCUUCGAGGUAACGGAGAACUACAACCUGGACUACGUGAACAUUACGAUGGCUUCGAGCCGCGAUCAGCUGCGGCUGCACACGGUCAACGCCAAGUACGUGGAGCAUACGUUUAUGGAGAGCCCGGUUGUGGCCGUGUCCUAUUCCGCGGUCAAGGAAGGCUGUGGAGUUAAUUGUAUCGCUGUGGGGCUGGAGAGUGGGGUUAUUCGGCUGUUUAGCAGCUGGAAUUUGGCGCUGGUGCGAGAGAUCACCAUGAAUCCGUACGACGCCUUUGGGGUCAAGAGCCUAAUCUUCUCGAAACAUCAACACCUAGUCGUGCUAACAACAAGCAAUGUGAUCCAAACAUGGAAAUCCGAAGGUCUUCCCGGAAUGUCACCGCAAAUAGCUGAGCUACCGGUACGUCGUUCGUUUGGUUAAGUCAGCGAGCAUCAGCUUAAAGCAAGAGCUUUUAACACCACGAAUACAUAUUUAAGUAACUCAAGAGAGCUUUAUCGUCCUGUUAUUACAUCUAAUUAAUGUUUUCUUUCCUUGUUAGCAGUCAAACAACGAUAGUUAUUGUAUUUUUUUGUAGACUAACGAAAACAGACUUUUAUUCUA